AUGACUAUCUCCGUCUGGCGACACCAGAAAGAUCAAAGUGGUGUCCUGCUUGAUGUCGGCGUUCACUAUGCUGACAUGAUGGAGUAUCUACUCGGUGAAAUUGACACUGUCUAUGCGCAAACACGUCUUCAUGAACCUAUCCGACAUAAUCCUGCCGCAGUGACCGGUGAAUCUGGCUCUAAUCCCGGUGGUGUCUAUACAAAAUGGCAGCGCAAAAUGCCUGCUGAGUUUGAGGCAACCGCGGAGGAUGCCGCUUAUGCAACGCUUACUUUCAAGAACGGUGUCGUCGGGCAAUAUAUUGAGGAGCAUGCCGCAUGGGGACAAGGCAGCUGGCUCCGCCAAAUUCACGGAUCCCGAGGCUCUAUGACACUCCCCGGCGAUCGGAGCGGCAGACUUAUCACCCUCAAUAUUGACGGACAGGAAACGAUUAACGAUGAGCGACUCUUGGAUCUCGUUCCAGACUUUCACUUAGAUGCUGUCACAGCAGACCUUUUCGGCGGCGACCGAUUGUGGAACUACACGUUUACGCAAGGUGACGCGAAGAAUAUUGCCAUUGAAUACGGUGAAUUUGCUGAAGCCAUUGCUGGCAAUAGGACAGUUGAAGUCGAUGCCUACCAAGGCACACGCUCCGUCGCUGUUUCUUACGCAAUUCUUGAGUCCGGUGCAACGGGGCAGAUCGUUCAAAUGAACCAGAUGCUGGAUGAGUCAAUUAAUACAUACCAGCGCGAAAUUGACGAAGGGUUAGGCAUCUAA